GCGGAGUAGCCCUGCCUGUCCACUGGAAAACAAUAGAAACAGCACAGAAGGGACAGAGUUAGCCUGUUCUUACUGGACGAAUCCGCUCUCAAACCGUUCACAUCCCGACUCGGGCUCGGCCAGGUGGGGAGGAAUAUCCGCGCCGGGAACCUCGGGAGAAAUAAAUCUGAAGCAUGAUGCUUUAUUUAAACGCUUCAGGCUAGCCACCUAGCCUGCUAGUCGAGCUAACGUUAGCCCGUCUACCAGAAAACAUAGUGUUAGCAGCUAGCGGCUAACGCUACAAGGAGGCGGAGGAUCAGCUGUUUGCUAGACAGAUGCUGUAGGAAGGAGCGGACAGCAACGCUUUCACAGUAAGUGAAUUUAAAAACUUGUAUCAUCUGGGAAGUCUUGUCGUUUGUUUUGUCGUAGCGGUUGGUAGAAAUAAUGUUUUUUUUCACUGGCUGAGUAAUUACUGCCAAGUUUGUGUAGCCAGCGCUUAGCCAGCUAACUAGCUCCUGCCCCCCCGCUAACCAAGCUAACUAACAGUUAAUACUCGAGCAAAAAUAAAAAGUUUCAGACAAGUUGGAGACCCGUUAUGAUGCUCCCACGGAGGGUAACACCAUCGGUAACAAAUACAUGGUAGUGAAGCCAGAAGCUAACGCGAGCUAGCUCCAGAAAACACCCAAAUUUAAUCAUAGUUUUUUAAGGAAUUUUCGACGCUCCAACUUUGAUUUUUUGAGUGGAGGAAUGUUGCUAACUUAACUUAGCUCAACGGGAGUUAGUUUGAAAGCGAGACAGCACACUGUUUCAUUGAUUUGAAACUGAAAUGUAGUGUGAAUUAUUUAUUUGCAAAAAAAAGUAGCGGGCUUUUGUGUGUUUUCACACCGCAGGGAGAAAUCAAGGGUUUGUGUUUUUGAUUUGGGGUUAAACGGAGGCGUAAUGUGGCUCUAACAGGACUCUGGUAGCUCUGUUUGUUACACAGCAAGUUAAAUCAGCUGGUGUAUAUCAUGAGAGAUCACAGUAUACAGUGAGUAAAUUCAGGAGGCUGAAUGGUAUUGCACCCAAAAACCUUAAUUUUCCUCUUCGGCAGUGAGUGCCGCUGUGACUGAAGGCCAUUAGCAAGACAAAGGUCGCCUCCAUGGAGCCAGCACAGGAGUCUUUGUAAAGGGCGAGGGGGGGUGUAUAUAGACGCCCAGAGUGAAAAAAGAGCCAAAUUCAGCAUUUUAUGGACGAAACCUGAGCCGGGAGCUUUACUAUUAUUGAUGAUGGCGGAUUUUGUUACACCGCGACACAGCGCGGUGAUGGAGAGGCUCCGCCGGAGGAUCGAGCUCUUCCGGCAGCAUCACAACAGCUGCGAGAACCGCUACGAGAACGCGACGCUGGAGCGGCUGGAGCAUGAGAGGCAGCAGACCUUCGCCCUGCACCAGCGCUGCCUGCAGGCCAAAGCCAAGCGGUCCAACAAGCACCGGCAGCCCCAGCCCAGCGGCGACCAGGCCGGACAGAGAGCGCCCGGGAACGGCGGCGGCGGCAGCGCGGAGCUCGGGGAGAGCGGAGGGACGGCGGCGGAGCAGAGCCGGAACAGCACCCUGAUAGCGCUGCAGGAGACAGUGAAGAGGAAGUUGGAGAGUGCCAGUUCUCCGCUGGGCAGAGAUCAGGUCAAUGGUUUCAGCGACGGCUUCCCUCCCAACAAGAAGGCCUGUCUGGACAACGGCACCACCAACGGCUCCCCACUGGACUCCAAGCUGGGGAUCAGCGACGCUCUGAACUCUAACGGGACCCACGCGCAGGCUGGGGAGUCGACGGACGGCGGCAGGGAAGCAGGUUCGGACUUCCAGCGGAAAGAGAUGAAGCAGGAGCCCGAUGACAUCCUGCCCAUCAUGCCGCCGUCGGGAGGAGGCAACAACAGCCUGUUCCCCGACCUCAACCUGAACGAGCAGGAGUGGACGGAGCUGAUGGAGGAGCUGAACUGCUCUGUGGCCUACGAGGACAUCCAGGACAUUCUCAAUGACGGGUUUGAGGACCGUAAAGACCCUCUGGAGCUGGUGCCGACUCCAGGUGGCGCUGGGGCAGGAGCAGGAGGAGUAGCAGGUGGUGGGGGAGGCCAGUCCUCACAGGGUCUGCUUCCUCCAGAUCUGGCCAGCGUUAAGACGGAGUUCUCCCCGGCCUCGGUAGCUUUCGAGCAGGACUCUCGCACUGGCUCCCCCCAGGUCAGGUCCACCUCCUCUGGGCCGCCUCCUCACCCAACCAGCUCGCCAGUUGCCUCCUCCUCUGCCUCUUCCCCAGCUCUGCCACCAUCCCAGCCAGCUCCUCCACCUAGGCAGCUUCAGCCUCCCCCCAACCACCUUCUCCCUCCAGGACCCCCGGUGCCCAAAGACCUGUCCCCCGCCCAGCAGCUCCAGCAGCUGGCUGCCCAGCAGCAGAGAGCCCAGCACCUCCACGGCCAGAUGCAGCACAAACAGCCACAGCCGGGGACCAAGUUCCACAACCAGGGGCCCCAUGCCCACCCCCCGCCUUGGCCCCAGAUGGCCAACACCUCUCAGAGCCCACUAGGGGGCGCGUUUGGUAUGGACAAACCCACGAGCCCCUCCCUGUACCCACAGGACUUCAACCCCAACGCUCAGAAGCAGCUGCUGAUGCCCGGUCAGCCCAACAAAAGCUCUCCCAAGGCGGGGGCCGGCAGCUACAUGCCGGGGCCCACUGGACACCCCAACAUGAUGGGUCACCCGACGUCAGGGCCACCCCUCAGCCACCAACCGGCACCAGGGGCUCAGGCCUCAGGCACCAUGCCGAACUACAACAACACCAAACCUCUGACGCACUUUGAGGCGCCGCGGCCCCCCAACACCCAGAGCCAGAACAAGGCGGCCCUGCUGACGCUGCUCAGACAGCAGCAGAUCAAACAGAAGAACAGCAUGAACUUCCGCCAGCACAUACCGCACUCACAGGACCAGAACUCCUACCCUGCCCCUCCACACGGCCCGGGCCCCGCCAACACCAUGGCGUCUGCGCCCGGAAACAACGCCAUGGCAGCCCAGCCGGGGGCGAACGCCAUGGCGGGUAACCACAGUAACGCAGCGUACCUGAGCAACCAGGCGGCGGUGGCGGCGGCACUGAAGCAGCAGCAGCAACAGCAGCAGCAUCAGCAGCAGAUCCUGGAGCAGCAGAAGCAGCAGUACAUGCAGAGACAGCAGCUCAUGGCCGAACAGGAGAAGCAGCGGCAGCAGGACCAGCAGCUGCAGAGACACCUGACCCGACCUCCCCCACAGUACCAGGACCAGCCGGGACAACCGGCCAAUCAUAACCCUUUCCCACAGCAGCCAGUCAACCAGUUUACAGCUUCCUCUCAGCCAAUGGGCAGUGUUGGCUCCAUGGGAGGCCCCUCCCCCAGCUCCCAGCGCAUGUUCUCUCAGAACCAAGGCAUGAUGGGUAUGAGCAUGGGGCCUGGUGGCGGGCCUACAGGUGGUGUAGCUCCGCCCUCAGCGGGGAAUCAAAGUGACAUCAACCUGUCGGCCUGCGGGGGCGGAGGAGGCGGGGCCGGUGUGGACGUACAGCAGGUGCUCUACAACAACAUGAACCUUCACACUAAUCACCCGGCCCACCCGUCUCACCCUCAGCAGCAGCCUGGCCUGCAGCGCCAGCCUCUGGGCCCCAUGAGCGCCUCCUACCGGCAGAGCCUUCUGGCUCAGCAGCAGCAGCAUCUGAAGGCGCAGCCCAAUGCCGCCAUGUUGAAGCAGCAGCAGCUGGCUGCUGCCGCCGCCCGCAUGCCGGGCUCCAUGCAGAACAGUAUGGGAGCAAGCCUGCCUGGCUCCAUGCCCGGCAGCAUGCAGGGCACCCAGAGUGCCGCCUGGCAGCAGCAGCUGGCCAACCAGCCGCCCUCCAGUAACGCCGGCCUGCCCCCCAACGCCUUCAACAACCCCCCUAACGCCUUCCACAUGCAGCAGCAGUCUCGCAUUCCCAAGAUGCCGCCUGGCGCUGCACCCUUUGGUGCAAACCCCGGCGGACGUCCUAUGGGAGGUCUGAACCCCGGCCAGCAGAUGAUGCAAACAAACAUGGCAGCUGCCCAACAGAGGGCGCCGCCCAACCCUCAAAGCCUCGGCCAGCCGAUGGCCAAUCAGCAGCAGACUCAACAGCAACAGGCCAAUCAGAACCAGGCUGUCCUCCCUGACCUGGCGGCAUUCGGACAGCCGCAGGGCAACAGCCGCCAGGGACUGCAGUGUAACCAAGGUUACCAGGUGAGCAGGACUGCCAGUCAGCAGCAGCAGCAGGUGUCGUUCGGAUACAACGUGGCGUCGGGGAGCUUUGCCGGGGAGAGUGAGCUGGUGGACUCCCUGCUGAAGGGUCAGAGCACCCAGGAGUGGAUGGCCGACCUGGACGAACUUCUUGCCAGCCACCAUUAGUUGAAUACACCUGUCUGCACCUGGAGCACCUGAACCCUGCUGAGCUGAGCGGCUGCACUGCUGUACCUGGAAGACGAGCGGCUGACGACUUUCUGCAGCAGACAUGUUGAAAACGAGUUCUUGUUUCUGACCAGCACUGUUGUAACGUGUUGACAGAGAUGCAGUCAGGGGGCCGGUGUGUUAGCAUUAGCCACUCUGCUAACGUUGAGACCAGCCAGCUGAUGGUGAAUGUCAGUCCCUCUGUGUUUGAGCUGUAACAUCUGGCUGACUGGUAAAGUUAUGAAGGUCGUUGGUAAACAUUUCUUCAGAUGCUGAUCUGUGGACAAGCUGUUCGCUGUCCUGAUAACGAUGAGACUGUGUCACAUUUUAUCAGGGUAGAAUAAAUCACUGAGAUAUGAGCCAGCUGCCAAAUCCAUUGCAAUGCAAUGAAGAAACAUGAGGAUGUUUGGUGUUCCUGCUGGUUAGAGUUCAGUUCCCACAGCAGUCAGAGUGUAGAGUCCUGGUAGUGAAUCUUGAUCAAAGACCUUUUGGUUCAGCAGACAGUCAGCUGAGCGCCGGAGGUUUGAAAUCCAACAGCUGGUAGCAGAUAAAACCAGCUCAGUCACAGCUGGAGUCCUGAUGUGUGUCAUCCUCUUGACUGAGAGGAAUGACACCAGGCUUCAUUCAAAAAUCUGGCAAUUUAACGAUGAGUUGCUGUUUGCAGAGUUACACACCUGGUAGAACAGUAACUUAAAAGCCUUCUCUGAUUCACCAGAGUCUGCUGGUAAAUUCGGGAUACAGGAGAUCCACUGAACACUGUUCAUCUAUACAAAACAGUUUUCAAAAGUGUGUUUGCUGCCAUCCAUCAAAGUGUAAAAGAAAACAGGCAAAACAGUUACGUGUUGAGCUGCAAGCAGUUCAGUUUAGCUCCUUUUUAUGCUCUUUAACUUCACUAUGUUCUAUACUCAAUUAAUCAGUCAUUGAGUUUUGAUUACGAUAUCCAUAAAGAUAGUCACCCUGGUGUAAACGGUUUAAUAACAUCUAUGUCAGUGGACCAGUAUCUGUUGAUUCAUGGUCUAAAUUGUUGUAUCAUCCAACGUCAGUCGAAUUGCAGUUUCAGAGUGCAGUUACCAGCAACAAAAAAGCAUUUCCAAGGUUUUAUUAUUUUAUUUUCUAUAUUAACAGAGUAACUUUUAUUUUAUGGGCUGAUAUCAACCAGUUCUGUUUCUACCUCGUGUGUAAAUCUGUAAACGAGCCGCAGACUGAUGUCCAGUCUGCAGAUAAGGAGUGUGUGUAAAUAUAAUCCUGUUGCACACCGCAGUGUUUAUUGAUGACUGGAGACUGAACGGAGGAGGAGUCGUAUUAAGACUACUGAAGCUAUGGCUCAGUGCUAAACCACUGUACCUGCCCCACAGCGCCACCUACAGACCAGCAGCAUCAUUCGGUCGCAGUUUCAAAAACCUUGACGACGGGUUGACUCUCUUACAGUUUUCUUCGCUCAGCGGAGAUGAAGUUAAAUCACUCUUAAAGUGGAAAUGGACAAGUUUUUUGCUUUAACUCAUGAUGAAGUAAGUGCUGAUGGCAAAAUUAAUAACGACACCGUCUGUGUUUAGAGCGGUUCACUUUAAGCCUCAAUUCACUAUGCAAUUCUGUCUGUACUUGGAUACAAACUGCGGGAAAAUGAAGGCUCAAUUUACGACACAAAGGAAGUGCGUCAGCUUUGUUUUCCCUGAAGCUAACGGUAGCUACCCCCAGUUACCAAAGAGUGUCAGUGUGAGAUCUCUGCAGUCACUGUCCCCAGUAGAGGAAGUGGAUGUAGAAACACAGUGGAAAACAAAACGCAGCGUGUCCUCUGCUGUUGGUAGUUUCUGGGCUCUGAGGUGAUCCGGUUGUCUUUGUAAAAGUGGCGCCAACAAUAAUACCACUUGGAAACGUCAGGGGGUGAAAGUUUAAAAGUUGUCUGUUUCCACUUUAAAAAAAAAAAA